AUGCGUGCGACCAUCACGCUCCAACAUCAACAUAAAUAUUUCAGACGGGAUGUCAAGCUGGCACGCGAAUCACGCAACUCGGGCUGUACUAUCCAGCAGACUAGUCUGGACUAUCGAAACCGGAGGGUUAACAAGUCAAUGAUGAUAUUACAUGAACAAGGCAAGAUGGCCGAGUUGGUCCAAGGCGUCAGGUUAAGGUCCACCUUAAUACCCAGCUUCACAGCUUCCUGA